AGGCGACACAGGAGGAGGAGGAGGUCGCGGGGUUCGGGUGCGAGCCGUGAUGGGGCGAGGAAGCCGCGCGUGGAGCUGCCUGGACGGGCCACUCACCACGGUUCUACUCGUGGCUGCGUGCGGGACUCUGAGCGUGAGUCCCAGGAACGUGUCCGUGGUGAAGAACACCGUGGACAAGCUGCUCAAGGGUUACGACAUUCGGCUGCGACCCGACUUUGGCGGGACGCCCGUGGCUGUGGGAAUGAACAUUGACAUCGCGAGCAUUGAUAUGGUGUCCGAGGUGAACAUGGACUACACCAUCACCAUGUACUUCCAACAGUACUGGCAGGACAAGCGCCUCUCCUACACGGACAUUCCUCUCAACCUCACGCUCGAUAACCGCGUGGCUGACCAGCUCUGGGUGCCCGACACCUAUUUCCUAAACGACAAGAAGUCGUUUGUGCACGUGGUGACAGUGAAGAACCGCAUGAUCCGCCUGCACCCCGACGGCACGGUACUCUACGGCCUCAGAAUCACCACCACGGCGGCCUGCAUGAUGGAUCUGCGGCGAUACCCCCUCGAUGAACAGAACUGUACCUUGGAGAUCGAGAGCUACGGCUACACCACGGAAGACAUUAAAUUCUACUGGCGAGGAGGCGACACGGCCAUCACGGGCGUGGGGGAGAUUAAGCUGCCUCAGUUUACCAUUGUCAAGCACAACCAGGUGUCGCGCAACGUGCAGUUCGCCACCGGCUCCUACCCUCGGCUGUCCCUGAGUUUCCGCUUGAAGAGAAACAUUGGCUACUUCAUCCUGCAGACAUACAUGCCGACGAUCCUCAUCACUAUCCUCUCCUGGGUCUCCUUCUGGAUCAACUACGACGCGUCCGCCGCACGUGUCGCUCUGGGCGUCACCACGGUGCUCACCAUGACCACCAUCAGUACUCACCUGCGCGAGACGCUGCCCAAGAUCCCAUACGUCAAGGCCAUCGAUAUCUACCUCAUGGGCUGCUUCUGCUUCGUCUUCCUGGCGCUGCUUGAGUACGCCGCCGUCAACUAUCUGUUCUUCGGCCGCGGGCCUCAGCGCGCCAAGAAGGCGGCCGAGAGGAUCGCUCGAGCCAACAAUGAGAAGCCGCGGGCCGCCGACACCAGCAAGGUGGAUGCCCACGGUAACAUCCUGCUUACGAGUCUGGAGAUCCGCAACGAGAUGGGUGGCCCAGGUGGGGAGGGCGUGUGCGACGUGCGAGCCGCCGGCCUCUCCCUGGACCGCCCGGGCCUCGCGGGCGACAUGCGGGGCAUGGGGCUGGGCCUGGGCUACCCGGGCCUGCCGAGCGACAUGCGCAACACCCCGCUGGGUCUCAGCCACUCAGCGCUCGUGGGGGAAUCCCGCAGUUCCCCGCUUGGCUAUGGCCACCCCGGCCUCCCCGGGGACCCGCGUGCGACCGGCCUGGGCCUCGACCACCACCACCACCACCCCGGCGUGCAGCUGCGCAAGCCGGUGCAGGGAGGCGGCGAGACGCUGGAGCGGGCGGCCCGUGGCGAGCGGGGCCGCGGGACGCUGCAGCGUGGCCAGGGUGGCGCUAAGAAGACGCGGCUGCAGCGCCGCACCUCGCAGCUCAAGAUCAAGAUUCCGGAUCUGAGCAACGUCAACGCCAUCGACAAGUGGUCGCGCGUGAUCUUCCCCGUGACCUUCGGGUUCUUCAACGCGGUCUACUGGCUCUACUAUGUGCAGUGACGGGGCGGGCGGGCGGGCGGGCCGCGCGGCGCUGCCGCUGGCUGCACUGACGAGGUCUGUCAAGCCGAGCAUACCUUUUUGGCAGAUGGUUAGAACAUGCGGCGAGUCACAUGGAUACAUCGAGUCACCUAGGGACACGACGCGAGCGAGCGAGUACUGUCUGCUCAUGCAUGUCUGUCCCACUCGCACACAGCCCUUUGAAAACGGAAACCUCCCAAGCAGAAAAUACGUGUUUUUUCCAUAGAAGCAAAUUAGUUACGACACGGUAAUCUCCUGCUCUAACUCCAGAAUAUGAUUAAACGUCAAUGGGAAACGGUGACAUUUAACCACAAAAUACACAAUGUAUAUACUGCAUCUUUGGUUGCUUAUACAAUAUUCACCAUUUACCAUGUCGUGCCCCUACACCACCGUAUCGUGCCAUUUAUGUUAAACGUUUAUAGAAACAAAUCCCAUGGCGGGGGAUUCAGGAACGUUGUCUCUCCACUCCGCACGGGGUCUGAGACACACUUUCCUGCUCUUUGACUCAACCCGGGCAACACGUUUUUCGUACAGGUGGACAAACCAACCUCACAGCGACGAGUGUUGUUCCCCACGACGAGUUCUUCUCGAGAAAGAGUCCCGUCAUCACGAAACAUCGAUGUUUCCCAGUGCAGCAAGAAAUGCUUUGAAUCUGUGUUAGAGGCUGCCACGUGCAUUUGCUAUGGUUACACCGGCGGCAGCAGCAGCAACCGCACUGCUUGGUCCAACGCUGCUGUCACAGGCAGUCCGUGGUUGCACACAGCUGGCGUUGUUUAACCGUGGGAAGUGACUCGAUUCGUAAUCACUCGGGGAGCACCUCUCACCACUAAUAUUGGUGUUUUUUUAAGCAUUUAUGUGCCGUGUACUUUUUAGGGCUAUUUCUGAGUAAGAUGCACUGUUUGAUAUGAUGCAGUACAAGGGGGUUAACCAUCUGGGCUUCAAAUGAACCCCGCUUUUCCCCCAGUCCUGUGUUUAAGUGUCCCUAGUCUGUGUAAUCUAUGAACGCAUACCCAUGUAGACAACUCAUAGAAGAUACUUUACAUUUAAUUUCAAAUACUGUGGUGUAAACGUAUUAGCCAUCAUAUUACCACAUUAUCGACGGCUCAAUGAAACGAUGAGGUGUUUUUAACCAUGCGGUAGAGCAAGCUGUACCGUGUCUGAAGUUUUUGUAACGUUCGAGAGACGUGCUGGACAGGGUGUGAGACUGGGGAGCGAUGGGAGUGGAGGUGGCGAGUUCCGAGUAAUCGGACCCAGGCGUAGAUCAUGGGAAACAUCCCACAUGGCUGAGCACACGCUGGGAGAUGUAUGGGCGAGGGUGAGAGACGUGGAAGGGAUGCAGCAUCUCCCGUGAGCAGUGACUUCUUGCAUUGUUCACCCAGUUUGUUCUGGUGGUGGAUCCAAAGGGGGCAAUGGGCCAGAUGCUCCCCACUUUGCUCCCAUUGAGACCUGAAAAUUUGGUAUUUUAUUGAUAUUUGCCAGCGAAAAAGUAUUAAUUUUUAUUCAUAUUAUGUUCAUCUACCCAGGAAGCUUGAUCGAGUCUCAAGACUCUUUUUCAGGAGGGUCCUGCCAGGUUUUCGCAGUCGUGGGCGACAAUGCAAUGUCUAAUCCCAGUUGAGUCAUUUGCAGGGCUUGUUUCAGCAUUGGGAUGUUUGGUCAGGGCCCUGUUUUAAAAGCUUUAAGUUUUGGGACCAUCCCCUCACCUCCUGGGAGGUUUCUCGAAGCGGCUCUGGUUCAUUCUGCGAUCUGGCCUCGUUCCGUUUUCGUGACAGAACGAGAGGAGCUCUUUAAUGCCGAGGUGCACGUGCAUUUGAAACGUGCUCUGCUGCGUUGGGCACACUCCCCGCAAGUCCGAUUCUGUGCACUCAUCCUCUCCACCGAUUGAGUCGACAGCCACGGCGCUCGCUGCUCCCCGAUCAUGCCACGAGAGGGACCGCGAUCUCCCGGCAUCGCGCCUUUGGCCCCACGAGCCGAGGCCAACGAACCUCUCGUAUUUUAUAUUUUUAAGUGUGUAGACUUGGCUUGCGAUGUAAACACAAAGCGGAUCAAACGGACGCCCCCGCCACCAUCGUAGCAUGGAGCACGGGUAGAGGGAACUGUGGACGAGGGAGGCAGUGGCUUGCUGAAGGGUGGUGAGGGGCGGAGGGGGCACUGUGGCUUUGUGGGGGGUGGGGGGGUAUCAGUGGACGACGUCGUCACGAGUUCACGCCUUGUGCGCGCGUGUGUAUUUACCGUACUCGUAUGUCCCAUGUAACAGGUGAACUAUGACUAUAAUAAAGGUAUAAUACUGUAUCGAUAAAGCACACUGGAAGAAAUCCAAGUACACUAUGAAAUGUUUUGCAGAGUGAGGCCAGAAUCAAAUGUACAUUGUCCUGUGUUGCAUUAAACCUCUUAGAUGACCCUUAA